AUGGGUUUUCCAACAAAAUGGGGCGUAGUGAUAUUUUUACUACUUAACAUUGUGCUUAGUUUGAGUGUAGUGACAUUUGGAGAUGGUGAUGUUAAGACAGAAAGAUAUGAUGAUGAGGAUUGUGGGUUUAGAGGGUGUUAUGGUGGUCCAAGAGGCGGACGGUAUGGCGGCCCGGGGCGUUGGGGUGGACCGAGAGGAGGACGGUUUGGUGGUCCGGGGCAUUUUGGUGGUCCCGGUAGAGGUGGUGGGUUUGGUGGAGGAGGGGGGUUAGGUGGUGGUGGAGGUCUAGGUGGUGGUGCCGGAGGAGGUUUAGGUGGUGGAGGUGGUUUAGAAGGCGGUGGAGGUGCGGGAGGAGGUCUUGGUGGUGGUGGAGGAUUAGGAGGCGGUAGUGGAGGUGGACUAGGUGGUGGGGGUGGUCUUGGAGGAGGAGGUGGGGGUGGUCUUGGAGGUGGUGCAGGUCAUGGGGGAGGUUUUGGUGCCGGUGGAGGAGUUGGAGGUGGAGCAGGAGGUGGUCUUGGUGGUGGUGCAGGCGGAGGUGGAGGCGCUGGAGGUGGUGGUGGAGUUGGAGGAGGUGCAGGUGGAGGAUUUGGGGCUGGUGGAGGAGUAGGAGGAGGUGCUGGAGGAGGUCUUGGUGGAGGUGCUGGAGGAGGAGGUGGUGCUGGUGGAGGAGGUGGAUUAGGCGGUGGUUCAGGUAAAGGAGGAGGAUUUGGAGCUGGUGGAGGUGUAGGAGGUGGUGCUGGAGGAGGUCUUGGUGGAGGUGCUGGAGGAGGAGGGGGUGCUGGUGGAGGAGGUGGAUUAGGCGGUGGUUCAGGUAAAGGAGGAGGAUUUGGAGCUGGUGGAGGCGUUGGAGGUGGUGCCGGGGGAGGUCUUGGUGGUGGUGCUGGAGGAGGAGGUGGAGCCGGUGGAGGUGGUGGACUUGGUGGUGGUUCAGGUCAGGGUGGAGGAUUUGGAGCUGGUGGUGGAGUUGGAGGUGGUGCAGGAGGAGGCCUUGGAGGCGGUGGUGGAGCUGGUGGCGGAGGAGGAGGUGGUCUAGGUGGUGGAUCUGGCCAUGGUGGAGGAUUCGGUGCAGGAGGUGGUUUAGGUGGUGGGGCUGCUGGUGGAGGAGGUGGAGGAGGCGGUGGUGGUGGUGGUGGUCUUGGUGGAGGAGUAGGUCAUGGUGGUGGCUUUGGUGCUGGAGGUGGGGUUGGAAGUGGGGCUGGAGGAGGACUCGGAAGUGGUGUAGGCUUAGGCGGUGGGCACGGGCUAGGUGGCGGAGGAGGAAUCGGAAUUGGAGUCGGCAUUGGUAUCGGGGUCGGAGUCGGUGCAGGCAAAGGAGUAGGCAGUGGUGUUGGUGUAGGUGGCGGAGGAAGGCGAUAA